AUGCCAAAAACUCGUCAACUUCUCCGCGAGGAGAUUACGUAUUCUGUUGCAAAGGAAAAAGAAACCAACAUCCUCCAGCGGCUAUCAUACGUUGAGAAGCGGGAUGAGUUUUUUGGCCAACUUAAACGAAAUACGGGUUGGAUAAAGAGUACAAUUACUCACCACAUUGGAUUACAUUCCCCUAAUGCAUGCCAGAUAUCUGAUGAGGACGACUGGCUUUAUGGCAGCUUCAAUGUCUGUAUUCCAGUGACGGUUGAUUCUAAAAACUGGAGAUGGAAGCGACAGUAUGGAAAUCGUCUUAUGUUUCGGCUUCCUCUCCCAUAUCGCGUUGCGGAAACUUUUCGUCCUGGAAGUGCGGAUGAAAAAGUUCGCUGCGAAGCAGCAACCUAUUCGUUCUUUCAACAGCAUUGUACAGAUGUGCCACUUCCUCGACUCUAUGGCUUUGGUUUGACAACGGGUGAAACGUUCACGGAACUUGAUACUCUCCCAUUUUUAAUGCGCGGAUUCUUUAAAAUAAAGAACUUCUUAAGGUCGUUAUUUAGGCUCCCGCUACCAUCUAAAUAUGUGCGUCACCAGCCGCGCCUCGCCCUUCAGACUGAUGAGGGAAGACUCUCUUACAUGCUGCUUGAAUACAUCGAAGACACGACUGGCGAGAUGCUCUCAGCUACCUGGAAGGACAAGCAAAAUGAUGCCGAACUGCGCGCCAAUCUCUUCCGAGGAAUUUCUCGGAUUUUGCUUAGCAUUACGCGAAUAAAGCUACCAAAAAUCGGGUCAUUCACGAUGGAUAACAAAGGGUACAUUUCGCUAACAAAUCGCCCACUAACAUAUCAAAUGCUGGAAGCGGAGAAUGAGAGCAUUCCUACGGAUAUACCUCGUGAUCGAACAUAUUCCACAGUAGAAUCCUACACUCUGGAUAUGCUCAACUUCCACGACAAUCGCAUCCUUCAUCAGCCAAACGCCAUAAAUGAUCUGAGCGACUAUAGCUACCAAACAGCAGCUCUGACAACAAUGCGCGCUAUUCUUCCCUCCUUUUUGGAUCAAAAAACUCGUUAUGGGCCAUUUGUUCUGUGCUUUGGUGAUUUUAAUCAAAGCAAUAUCUUUGUUGAUAAGAAUUGGAAUAUCACCUGCUUACUUGACCUUGAAUGGAUGUUUUCUCAGCCGAUUGAUUUGGUCCGACUUCCGACUUGGCUGUCCAACCAGGCGUUGGAUGAAUUAGCCCAUGAACCUGAACAUUUUACAGCAAUACGAAAGGAACUAGUGGAUAUUCUUGCGGAUGAGGAGAAAAAAUGGCACGCCAUCCCUUCCCAGGAAUGGACUUCAGAAAUUCAAGAGAAAGCACCUUCAUCGGCACUCCUAUUAUCUACGGCCCUAAGUAGCUGCUGGGAAACCGGUGCAUUCUGGUAUUCUCUAGCUCUUCACAAUCCAACGGCUCUUUUUUCAGUGUUUUACGAACGAAUUCAGCCAAAGUUCUUAGACAAGAAUAAUGAUCACGACGCCUUCCAAAAUAUUGUUCCAUGGUAUUGGGCUACAGACUUUGUCGAUAUUGCGUUAGAGAAAGUUGAGGAUAAGAAGAAUUAUGACAUCCAGCUGCAACAAGCUUUCGAAGACUCAACGUAA